AACCGUGCAUGGAUGUAGCCACCGUGCCUGCUCUUGUGGAGACCCUCGGCACCGCUCGAGAUGGGUGUACUCUGGGCACCAACGCUAACAACAAUUGAAUGUCGUGGUUUACUUAUCCGCAUCGUCCUGGUCACUUACUCCGCACCUGCACACACCUCCCAUUAUACCUGGGGGAUGGCCAUCUCCCGUAGAGACAACCACGCCGUCGACAGUGAACCCCGGGGCAGCUUCGCAGGGCACCCGCACGAGAGAAAAGAGACGGUGCGCUUACCCACGCUUGCCGUGGCCGUGGUCUGGGGGUUCUUAGACAGCCAUGUCGCGCCAGCACCACCAUCACCAUCACCCGUACCAUCCAGACGGCCGAUUUGACAGCCCGGGUAGCAUGCCACAGCAGCUGCAGCUGCAGGCGCAGCAACAGAACGACUCAGCAUUCGCAGGCGCUACUUCGAGGAUGCAUAACCCAUACAUCAAUAGUAGUAGCAGCAGCAACAACAACAACAACAACAGCAGCAGCAGCAGUAGCAGCGUGCCCUCUCCGGGUAUCGAAGACCUCGCCACGGCCGCCACGAUGGUCAUGGCCAACGGGCAGCCGCGCUACAAUCCAUCCUCCUCUAUCCUCAUGCCCUCUCCCCCGGCUGCGUACGGCCACGCGGGCGACGCGAAUUCCGUAGCUGACAGCCCCUCGACCAAUGUCCUCAUGGUCGGCGGUGACACAGAUAAGUCUUCCCCCGCCGGCUCUACAUUCAAGACCGCCGCAGCUGCCGGCGGUGCCAACACUCCCUCUGUGGGUAAGGGCACGCGAAUCGGCAAGGCUUGCCUGCCGUGCUCGUCCAAGAAGCGCCGCUGCGACGGCAACAGACCGCAGUGCUCCGUCUGCACCGUGCUCAACCUGCCGUGCACGUACAGUGCGUCGACCAUCAAGCGCGGUCCGCCCAAGGGAUUUCGCUCUGGCCCCAAGGAGAGCGCCAAGGUCAAACUGCUACGCACGCUCGAGACGACGCUCCGCGACCUCAUUGGCAAGCUCGGCGCCGACGAGGCGGCCGAAGAGGUGCGCAAGCUAGGCGCGGAGAAGGGGAUUGAUCUCUCUUUGCCGCAGCUGGACGGCGGAGCAACAGCAGUACCGUCCUAUUCUGAGCUUCCUGCUAGCGGGGCAGUAGCAGCCGUUGUCGCUGAAGGUGACUCAGCGGAAACGCGCCGCCCGGCCAAGCGCGGGCGCUUUGAUGCCGAGUCUUCCGCGAGCAGGCGACGCGAACAUGACGAGCAAAGCUCGGCGCAGGGAUUGCUUUCCCUGAGCAACCUCGCGCGGACGCAGUCCCCUGCCAGUAGGAGCAGUGCAACAUGGGACGCUGAGCGCGAUGGCGAACGCGAGCGGGAUGGUGAUGGCGCGGGUAAUGGAAACGGAGACGGAGACGAAGACGGCGAUGACUUUCUCGGUGUCAACGAGCGCGGCGACCUCAUGCAUCGCGGGUCCAGCUCCGGCAUCCAGCUCUUGCAUCAGCGGCGCGGCCUGCAUCACCAUGCUCACCACGCCUACCAUCCUCCGCACCACACCUCGCCGCUCGCAGGCAGAGAAGAUGCCAGCAGCAGGCUGAAUCUGUCUCCGCACUCUUCCUCCUCUGUUAGCCCUUCCAGCGGCGGUGGUGUCGGUGGCCUGCAGGUGCACCAGCACCAGCACCAUCAACACCUUCAUUAUCCGCAGCAACAUCAACACCAGCAUCAUGCGAUGCAGCUCGACCAUGUCAUCGGCACAGACGAACGUGGACGCAGUCAUUCCCGCCAAGGCACGUCGCGCUCUACACCUGGCGCCACGAGUGGGCCAGGUGGCGGUAAGGACUGCGUCGACGCCAGAAGCGCAUCUGCAUCUGUAUCUGCCCCUGCACAUCCCCACCCACACGCGCAAGCGCAUGUGCACUACGACAGCGCCCCGCCAGACGAGCACGCGCCCACGGCAUCCUCUUCAGCUGCCGCCGCCGCCAAUGCGGUACACCAGCGGCGCCAGCAGCGCUCGCGCUCGCGCGACAGCAGCCGUGUGCGACACGCCGCACUUGCAUACGGGCCCCUGCGCGAUACGCCCGGCGCACCCGUCCCGCUGCCGCUGCCCCUGCCGCAUCAACACGCACAUGCGCACGGACACGGGCGCGGAUACGGGCAUGCGCCGGCAUCGCCGCGGCUCGGACCGGGCGGCCAUGUGCAGCCGCGUGGCGCCGGUGGGGGUACGGGUGCAGGCGACGGCGAGCGCGGUAGGAGUGGCUUCCGUGGCCACGGCGCCGGCGCCGUGGCGGUCUCGUGGGCCGCGCGGUCGCUCAGCCGCGGCAGCGCGUCGCGCUCCCGUUCGCCGGUCCGCGGACGGUCGAUGAAGCGGAGGGACGGCCAAGUUGGCAGCGGCGCUGGUGGCGAGGCACAUCCGAAUGCUAAAGCCCACGGAGCUGGUUAUGACCGAGGGGAGGCUGAGUGCCAUGGGCGGCAUGACGAGCGAGCGGCUUCGUCUCCUUUUUCGGCGACUACUGGCCCUGCCACGACGCGUGAGGCAGACACGGACGCCAAGGAGCAUGGGAACCAAGGCCGAUCGCACCGAGCUGGGGUAGAAGCGAAUGGCGAUGCUUCCGCUUCCGAGACUCAUUCUGAGACUCGUGCUGAACAAGAAUAUGCGAUGGAAGAUGGCGACGCAGACUUUAUUGAGGCGCCGAUCGAUUUUGUCAACCCGGAUAACGACCCGGUUGUCGACCGCGAGGAGUGUGGGCGGCUGUUUGAGUACUACUGGAAGGAGUUUCACCCGUUCUGGCCAGUAUUGUUCAAGCCUGCCAUUCGCGACAUCCCGACCGAGGAGGUGGCCGAUCGGGUUGACUCGGUGCUGCUCUUCAGCAUCUAUGCAGUCGCCUCGUGCAUAGUUCCCCCGGAGCGGACCAAGUCCGACGGCUCGCAGCAGGAGCAGGAGAAUCGCGGGCAGAUAUUUUAUGAGCGCGCCGAGCGAUAUCUGUACGCCGGCCGGCUGCGCCCUGACGUCCCGACGAUCCAGAGUCUGUUCCUGCUGAGCCUGUAUGCGCACGGCAAGGGCGAAUUGUCGCAGGCGUGGGUUUACUCUAAUCUGGCGAGCACAAUGGCGUUCGAUUUGGGCCUCCAUCGCUGGCCGGUGCACCGCUACGAUCUUCUGUACGACGAGAAUGAGCGCGAGACACGCAUACGCCUCAUCUGGCAGUGCUACAUCCUCGACAAGAUCCUCUCGGCUGAGAUGGGCCGCCCCGUCACGAUCCGCAGCAGCGACCUCGACGCGCCGUUUCUGUCCGAAAACCUCGAGGACGGGGACGAAAAGAUCGAGCUGUUUGUCGGCGGGGCGCCGUCGUCCAGCAGUGCCAGUGGUGAAGAGAGCAAAGGAGGAGGUGAGGCACGCAUGAUGAACAUUGCUCCUUGCAUCAAUUGGAGCAUCAAACUCUUCAUCAUUCUCGAAAAGAUCCUCAGCGAAUUCCACUCCUUCCGUCGCAAGGCUGCACUGAGAAAGCAGGGCAACAUCCUCGAUUCCGUUGCUGCCGUCGAUGCUGAGCUUGCCGAAUGGCACGCAGCGCUACCCUCAUACAUGCGUACCGCGCCGCUGCUCGACCGAUUGCGCCAGACGAAGGCAUCCGAGUCUGUUUCCCUACCUGUCUUUCUGGCGCUCGAACUGUGGUACCACACGAGCAUCCUCUUGCUGCACCGCAACUUUAUCCCUCAGGACGAAGGCGCCGCGCUGUCCGAGGUGUUGCGCAAUGAGAGCCACCGAAAGUGCACCGCAGCGGCUAACGCCAUAUGCGACGUGCUGGAGACGACGUCACAGUACGUCCGAAUCGACCGGCUCUCCACGGACCUGUCGUACUGCUUCUUCACUGCCGCCGUAAUGUUCGUCUUCAACGCGUGCCUGCCCGACGCUACUAUUGCUGCAGACGCCAAGCGCCGCUUCAUGCUGUGCCGAGAGUCUCUGCGGAAGCUGUCCGAGACUUGGCCGGCUGCUUCGGCGCACAAGCAGCUGCUCGACGGCUUUUCGAUGGUCGGUGAAGGUGUGCUGACCGAAGAUUCAACCGUGCUUGACCUGAUGGCUCCGUCGUCCGCGUCCAACGGUACGGGUGCGGGCGCAAACACGGAUGCUCCUCCCGGCUCUCCAUUGCGCCGCUCACGCGCGUCAAGCAAUGCUACAACAUCCUGGGAAGUCUCAAAUGCGCGCAGCGCACCUGCACCGCAACAGAAGACUGGCCGUACCGGCGUCGCCACGCGCACGGCGCAGGGACAGGGUCAAGGCUUAGUGCCGGACGAGACUCCGCCAUCAUUUCCGCAAAACCUGAGCGUGGCUGCGUCGACUGCGCGCGAGCGGAGGCAGAGCGCAGGACAGCAAGAUCGAGCGGAGGCAUGGAUACCGCAACAGAGGGAGCAAAUGUUACAGCUUUAUGCGAACAGCGGCUCUGGCGGGCAGCGUCCCAAUGCCUCAGCUCAUUCGUACGCCCCAGGUCUGUUCGAUUUGGAACAGGUCUUUUACAAUGAGUGGAAGCCGGGCACAAGUAUGCUGCAACCACCACAGCAGCAGCAGCCGCAUCCGCCGACCAUACAGCAGCCGCAUCAACAGCAAGCACAGCAGAUGCAAUCGAUGCAACCGCGCAUCAAUGGUGCCGAUGGGCUUGUGCUGCUCGCCAACGCGUCAGGACCGAUGGUACAAAUUCCUGGACAGCAGAUGUCGCCAGGAGCGUUCCCAGGCUCCAAUCUACCCGCGUUCCCACCCACUGUGAUGCAUUCUGAGGCUCCUGCAAUGUCUCCAGCCGCGGUCGCCGGCAUGCAACAGAUACAAGCCUACAGGCAGCAGCUGCAGAACUCCCAGCAAGGGAUGCAGCCACAGGCGCAGACUCAAGGGCUGAUGCAGGCCUCCCAACAGUUCUUGCAAGUUCCGGGAAUGCCGCCAUUGGGUUUGGCCAUACCUGGCCUGAGCCAGCAGCCGAGCAAUCUGGCGGGCAUGUCACCCUUCAGCUUCAAUAUUGGUGGCGAUCCUCAGGGCAACGGGUUCCUGGACCUGAUGGCUAUGCUCGAGCUGCCGCCCGCGUUUGCCCAAUGAGAUCAUUUUUGACAGAUUUAAUGGUAAUGCUGAGUACCUUGUACUGAGACAACAUACGCUCAGUGCACCAAAGCAAUUGCUGAAUGCUUCAGACGGGGUGCUUGAAUCAUCUUUCAAUUUCCUUUCGCUGUGGCAAGACUCAAAUGCAAAGAAGCUAUACGCGUGUAUUCCCGCUUAAUGCAUGAAGCAAUAC